AUGGCCUCAUCCAGCGAGGAGCCCAACAGCUCCGACAUACAGAUCUUAGCACCACAAAAGGUGGUGAUACCUACAGAGGUCCUCUUGGAGUGUUUGGAGGAUUUGGGAUCUGAGCAAUUAAAAAAAUUCCAGUGGUACCUGUGUCAGCGGGGAGUACUUGAAGGCUUCAAAUCAAUCCCUAAGAGUCACCUGGAGAAAGCAGACAGAAUGGACACACUGGAUCUGAUGUUCAAGAGCUACUGUAUAAAGACCAUUAAAGUGACCAGAAUGAUUUUAGGGAAGAUCAAUCAGAAUGAUCUGACCAUCAUCUCCCACAUCAAGACAUCACAAAGCCUCUACAUCAUGUGCCACAUCCCAGUCUUCUGCUGGAUCACUGCUACAGUUCUGGAGAAUGUGUUGAAAAGCAGAGAAGGAAGAGAGCUGCCCAAGACCCUGACUGAGAUGUAUCUCCGCUUCAUGGUGCUUCAAUGCAAAGUGAAGAACAUCAAGUAUGAUGGGAAAGCUCACACAGAUCCACACUGGAGUCCAGAGAGCAGGAAGAUGAUUGAGUCUCUGGGAAAACUGGCUUUUGAGCAGCUGCAGAAAGGCAACCUGAUCUUCUAUGAAUCAGACCUGAGAGAGUGUGGCAUCGAUAUCAGAGCAGCCUCAAUGUGCUCAGGAGUGUUCACACAGAUCUUUAAAAAGGAGGACUGUGGGAUGUUUUCAGAAACUGUGUUCUGUUUCGUUCAUCUGAGUGUUCAGGAGUUUCUGGCUGCUCUUCAUGUCCAUCUGACAUUCAUCAAGUCUGGAGUCAAUCUGCUGGCACAAAAAACAUCCUGGUUGUCAAAAGUCUUUAAAAGCAAAUCUGAGCCUGAAUCAACAUGUUUCUACCAGAGUGCUGUGGACAAGGCCUUAAAGAGUCCAAAUGGACACCUGGACUUGUUCCUCCGCUUCCUCCUGGGUCUUUCACUGCAGACCAAUCAGACUCUCCUACGAGGUCUAAUGACACAGACAGGAAGAAGCUCACAGACCAAUCAGGAAACAGUCGAGUACAUCAAGAAGAAGAUCAGUAAGAAUCUGUCUGCAGAGAGAAGCAUCAAUCUGUUCCACUGUCUGAAUGAACUGAAUGAUCGUUCUCUAAUGGAGGAGAUCCAACAGUCCCUGAGAUCAGGAAGUCUCUCCACAGAUGAACUGUCUCCUGCCCAGUGGUCAGCUCUGAUCUUCAUCUUACUGUCAUCAGAAGAAGAUCUGGACGUGUUUGACCUGAAGAAAUACUCUGCUUCAGAGAAGGCUCUUCUGAGGCUGCUGCCAGUGGUCAAAGCCUCCAACAAAGCUCUGCUGAGUGCCUGUAACCUCUCAGAGAGAAGCUGUGCAGCUCUGUCCUCAGUUCUCAGCUCCCAGUCCUCUAGUCUGAGAGGGCUGGACCUGAGUAACAACAACCUGCAGGAUUCAGGAGUGAAGCAGCUUUCUGCUGGACUGGAGAGUCCACACUGUGAACUGGAAACUCUCAGGCUGAGUGCCUGUAACCUCUCAGAGAGAAGCUGUGCAGCUCUGUCCUCAGUUCUCAGCUCCCAGUCCUCUAGUCUGAGAGAGGUGGACCUGAGUAACAACAACCUGCAGGAUUCAGGAGUGAAGCAGCUUUCUGCUGGACUGGAGAGUCCACACUGUACGCUGGGAACUCUCAGACUGAGCGGCUGUGACCUCUCAGAGGGAAGCUGUGCAGCUCUGUCCUCAGUUCUCAGCUCCCAGUCCUCUAGUCUGAGAGAUCUGGACCUGAAUUACAACAGCCUGCAGGAUUCAGGAGUGAAGCAGCUGUCUGUUGGACUGGAGAGUCCACACUGUACACUGGAAACUCUCAGGCUGAGUGGCUGUGACCUCUCAGAGAGAAGCUGUGUAGCUCUGUCCUCAGUUCUCAGCUCCCAGUCCUCUAGUCUGAGAGAUCUGGACCUGAGUAAGAACAAACUGCAGGAUUUAGGAGUGAAGCAGCUUUCUGCUGGACUGGAGAGUCCACACUGUACGCUGGAAACUCUCAGCCUGUCAGCAUGUCUGAUCACAGAGGAAGGCUGUGCUUCUCUGGCCUCAGCUCUGUGCCUCAACCCCUCCCAUCUGAGAAAGCUGGACCUGAGCUACAAUCAUCCUGGAGACUCAGGAGAGAAGAUGCUCUCUGCUGAACUUGAGGAUCCACACUGGAGACUGGACACUCUCAGAAGUCCAAACACAGUGAACGGAUACCUCAAACUGUCUGACAACAACAGGAAGGUGACAUAUGUGAUGAGGGAUCAGUCAUAUCCUGAUCAUUCAGACAGAUUUGAUGCCUGGCCUCAGCUGCUGUGUAGAAAUGAUCUGACUGGUCGCUGUUACUGGGAGGUCGAGUGGAGAGGAUGGGUUGAUAUAUCAGUGAGUUACAGAGGAAUCAGCAGGAAAGGAUACAGAGAUGACAGCAAGUUUGGGAGGAAUGGUCAGUCCUGGUGUCUGAACUGCUCUGAUGUUAAUGGUUACUCUGUCCGGCACAAUAAGAGAAAAAUAUCCAUCUUCCCCUACUACUCUUCCUCCUCAUCUGUCUCUAGGAGAGUAGCAGUGUUUGUGGACUGUCCUACUGGCACUCUGUCCUUCUACAGAGUCUCCUCUGACACACUGAUCCACCUCUACACCUUCAACACCACAUUUACUGAACCUCUGUGUGCUGGGUUUGGGCUCUGGUAUUCUGGUUGCUCAGUGUCUCUGUGUCAUCUGUAG